GAUGGGAGAGGCGGGGCCUCGAUUCGGGACCUCUCAAGUUCCAAAAGACGCCGAUGUCAAAAGCAGUCAGAACGACAAGAAAAAGGGGAAAUGAAACCGCCGGGCUGCAAAACAAAAGUUCUGUGCGUCGUCCUGACUGUGCUGCUGUCGGUGUCCGCGGCCGGCCAUCCAUCUUCAUGCCAGAUCUGGCAGGCUGAUAUCAUCAAGUCGGAAGGUGUUGUGAAAGUAUCCCGCAAUUACAAAGGCCUCUGGGUCUCUGAGAAAUGUGAAAUUCACCCUGGGCCUCAGUUCAUCCUCCGUCGUUACCACAUCCACCACAACGGACAUUUCACUCUCACUCGCUUCCACUACAGGGAUCCUUGGUGCACUUCGGCCACCUUCUCGGUGUCUGCCGUGGGGAAUUUUGUGCCACCGCCAGAGAAAGCGACCUCUUCCACGGCCUCAUGGGUGGUCCCAGGCGGCCUGGAGCUGGACUACACCAUCCGGAAAGUGACCAUCGUGCCCUUCACCACUGAAAGUGCCGAGUGGCUAUCGCACAAAGUGAAUGGGUCCUGUCCGGGAUCGGUGGUGACUGACUGGAAACCCCUGAAAAAGUACAAGUUACUUAGUUAUGAUAGAAAAGGCAUGAGGAAAGGAAAAGUCCGGCUCGACAUCGGAUCCAUCGAUGAUUCCGUGUGCACAGAGGCGCUGGGCAUCAGCUUCCACGAGCUGCAGCUUAUGAGGCUGGAGCACAGGAUUCCACUGAGUUUCCUUACCUUUAGGAGGGAAGAAUUUCCAGGCGAAGAUAAUGCCCGUCGUUACCAGACCUAUCUGUUUCUUGGUGCUGAAGGCUUUCCCACAGGCAGUCGUCCAACGUACUAUCAGAUGCCUCUAGUUCUGUCGCAGGCUGCACAAUGUUCAACAUGCCUUUCUAUAGCGAAAGCUGGCAUCACUUCCCCACCCAUUCUAUCCUCAGGUCCUUACAAUAUCGAUAUUUCUUCAUCUGACUUAAAUGGCCAAUGGGUUAGCCUUAGAUGCGAGGUCAGGCCUUACGGACUCUUCCUCAGACGGAUUUUCAUCUUUGCUGAUCAAGACAAUCACUGGCAAGCCCAGCACUCCUACUACAAAGAUCCCCACUGCCAGAAUCCAAUGUUCCUUCUCAGCGCGUCUGGAAUCUACUUCCGUGGAUUGUCUUCCAGUGUGGUGCCGGAUGCCACAGAGUACGAUUUUCAUAUCCAAGAAGCGUUCCUUACACCAGAAGAUAUUCAAUUCGCUAAUAACCUCAAUGGCUUGUACACCUGUGGAAGUGGCUCCAAAUGGAAAGUCGGUGAGAGGGGCAAUCUAACACGAUCCGGUGGUUGCAGGGAAUUGGGAAUCGUGGUACCAUCCAUGGAACGGGAUUUAGUUCGAUUCGAAAGAUCCAGUUUGGAUUUAGUGUUUCUAUACCUCGGUGAGACCACGGAAGACAAGAAGAGGCCUACUAGCUUCCAGCCCCCUCUCGUUCGAUGUUCCAGCCCGGAGAAUAAAAUCGCAGAAGAUUUCUUUCUCAAUUACAAUGAACUUCGUCCUCUGCCUCUUGUAUCAGGAUCUUCAGCGUCAAAUUCGAUUCGCAUUGAUUUGAUAGGCUGUUUGGCUAGUUUUGUAUUAUUGAAAUUCCAUAUCAUCAGAAAUAAUCGCUAACCUUCAACUCGAUUUUAUCAAGACAAUCAAAUAACGAAUUGAUCUUUGAUGAGGUCUUUAAUGAGUUGAGAUCUGAGCUCGCAGAAUCUGCUAAAAAGUUAUUGUUCUGUUCGUAUUUAAGGAACUUGGAAAUAAUAGUAGAAUUCGGUUUAUUUUUCUUCUGCUUUUCUUCGGAAUUUUACUAAUUGGAAUUUCUGGGAUUGCAUUAAUGCUGACAAUAAUCUGAUUUUCGAAAUGAUUAAUAGAAAUUCAUUAGCCUAAUCUAAAAAGAGAUAAACUGUAGAUUUUUUCUCUGAUUAUUAACAAUACUUUCAGAAAAUGAUAUCAAAAAAUCUCAUUCUUUUCCAUUAAAAUAUUAAUCAUUCAAAACACCAGAGUUCUUUAAGACUGUUAAAAAAAUUACCUGGAAAAUUCAAUGAGCUUAUGAUACCAAAGCAUUGCUUUUGAAAAUGAGUUAAUUCGAUAGAGUCAAUUCUUUUGAUGCCGUGAUCACGUGACAAGAAUUAUUGCACAUGUUAUCCAAGCAAUCAACAAAGUUUUUCACAGCUUGGUUCAGCGUGUCUUUGCAUGUAUCCAAAACCUCGUGCCAUAAUAUCCAAUUUUGGCAUUUUGACCAAAUUUAUUGAGUAUAAAGCAAGGGUUGAUAUUCAAAACAUUACUAUAACAAAAUAAUUUCCGAGAAUUUCACUCGACAAUUCUUAAUCAUUAGAAGCAUGCAAUAUGAAAAUUCGAAAGAAAAAAAAUGCUGUGUCUAAUUCAUUCUGUGUGCAUGGUUUUCUUUUAGAUUUAAAAGUUUUUCUCAAACAAUUAGUUAGAACUGAUCUUAUAUAGAUAUAUUAACAAAUGCAUUAUAAAUUCAAGGAAAUCCAUACAAUUUGUAUAAUAUUUACACUUACAAAGCUACCGAAAGUUUUAAAUGUAAACAGAAAACGAUAUUAAAUACAUUGAGAUAUAAUUGCAAAGAUUAUAAGUAGCUAAACACUGAAAAAAAAGUAAAAAUUGAAUUAAAUAAUAUAUAAAUAAUAAUUAUGUUAUCAGUGGAAAUACUAAAUUAUUAUACAAUAAAAUAAUAUUUCAAACAACAAAGGAAUAAUUCUUAACUUUACGAGAAAAAAUUCCUCAAUCAACAGAUGCUGCCUAAAUAUGUAAAUAAAAAUUAUGUUACCUUAGAAAAUACUUAUUAAAAAAAGUAGACAAUAAUUUUAAACAGCAAAAAAAUUAUUAUUGGCCUCAUGGGUAAAAAUUCCAUAACAAACAACAAAGGAAUAAUUCUUAACUUUACGAGAAAAAAUUCCUCAAUCAACAGAUGCUGCCUAAAUAUGUAAAUAAAAAUUAUGUUACCUUAGAAAAUACUUAUUAAAAAAAGUAGACAAUAAUUUUAAACAGCAAAAAAAUUAUUAUUGGCCUCAUGGGUAAAAAUUCCAUAACAAACAACAAAGGAAUAAUUCUUAACUUUACGAGAAAAAAUUCCUCAAUCAACAGAUGCUGCCUAAAUAUGUAAAUAAAAAUUAUGUUACCUUAGAAAAUACUUAUUAAAAAAAGUAGACAAUAAUUUUAAACAGCAAAAAAAUUAUUAUUGGCCUAAUGGGUAAAAAUUCCAUAACAAACAACAAAGGAAUAAUUCUUAACUUUACGAGAAAAAAUUCCUCGAUCAACAGAUGCUGCCUAAAUAUGUAAAUAAAAAUUAUUUUACCAUUGAAAAUAUUUAUCAAAAAAAAGUAGAAAAUAAUUUUAAACAGUAAAAAAAUUAUUAUUGGCCUCAUGGGCAGAAAUUCCAAAACAAGAAGUUGAUUCAGAGUUUGAAUUAGUGCGAGUCACUUUACGUUCAUUAUGCGACGACGAAUUUGCUUCAUUUCGUAAACCACACUUCUAUCAUUCGAUAUUCACUGAAAGAUUAAGAAUGAGUGUAUCUUAAAAAUUCUGACAAAGAGAAACGGCAUGCUUGAUGUCGUAUGUAAAUCUGCGUGAAAUGCUUGCGCACCAGCAGAAAUCACAGAAACGAUUUAAUUAAUAUCAAUAAAUAAUACACAAAUUUUUAAAAAUGGUAUCUGUUAAAGCUAUCUUGAUAUUUGUCAUCGACAUUCUAUUGAUGGAUACUGAAUUGUUUUUCAUAAAACAUCAGUUUUUUUUUUUGCGAUGUUUUAUUAUGUUUAUGUUUUUAAAGGUACUCAUAGAGCAAUUGGUGUUGAACUGAAAUGCCCAAUAUGACAAAUGAACGAAGUUUAUGUACAUGUAGCGAAAAAAACUUUUUAAGAUAUAUUUCGAAAAUUCAAAGUUUUUAAAAAAAAUAGAGUAACAGUAGAAGUUAUUGCUGUUUUCUUGGCAUCUCUAUUCUGAUAUGGUAUGAAUAUUUCUUGCUUCGAAGAAUAUUUAUCCUAUAUAUAUCGCAGUAAUUAUUUUCAAAAUUGCCCCAAAAGGAAUGUCAGUAAAUCGUUGAUCUGACUAAAGACUGAUUUACCAUACUUAUUUAUAAAUAACAAAGAAACAAUUCCAACUUCUUACGAUGAAAACAUUUCCCAACAUUAGUAGAAUAUUAAAGGUAUAGUAGAUUUUACAAAAAACAAAAUCUAAUAAUACGGAUUCCGAUUAUCUGAAUCGAUUUUUGGAGAAGAAAAAAGAAAAAGGUCAAAACUAGAAAAAUAACAGGGAGAAAGCUACUUUAUUUUCAUCGAUAAUUUAAUUUGAGAUUUACUUUGUCUGCAAAUUUUCCAUCAUUUAUAAUUUUUAUACUUAAUUUCGUGUAUUAAGAAUUUCUUAUAUAUGAUGUUCAAUUUUACUUAAAUUCCGAGCUUUAACCAGUCAUCCGAAUUUUUAUACUUACGAAUUGGCUCUAUUCCUGCUUAAUUCAGAUAAUUGAAAUAAUUUCAUUAUCAAUUCCACCAAUGCUCGUUGAUAUUAAUAGAAAAAAAAAUGGCACGUCAAAAUAACACGACUAGUCAUCGAUCAUUGCCAACUGUUAUAGCUCGUUCAAAAUAAUUACAUGUCAAUAAAAAUUUUAAAAACUAAACCAUGAAAUUUUUAUUUUAAAUUUCACAACAUACUGUUUUAGUUGUUGCCGGGGUGUAAGUUUGACAUCUUUCUCGUGGAAGAAAUAGUUACAAAACAACCCAACAUGCCAGCUUGUAAAGUUGUCUCUCCUGGAAAUGGGGUGUCGACCGUUGCCAUUUUAAACCCCAAUGAUAGAAAUAUGAUCGAAAUUAUCCCUUCUCCCAGAAUGUUCUCCUGAACUAACAUCGAGUGAAAUAGUAUCGUUGGCAUACCACGAACAGUUGAUGAUCUAAAGAAAGUUGUUCGAAGCAAAUUUAGAUAUUUUCCCCAACAAUGACUCAGAAUGUUCCAAGCGAGACUCUUAAAAGACAUCCACAAAAUGUUUCGUCGCUUGAAUGUCAAUAUUUUCAUCGUAGGACCUGUGUUGUCUCUCGACUCCGUGUCAUCCACUCCCUUGUAAAUGCCAUAGAUGCAUCUUUUCGAUGGUACAAUAAAAUAUACCUAACACUUCACAAA